AUGAGUGAGAGAGACCUUGUGCAUCACUACAAGGUGUUGAAGCAGUUUCUUGAUAUUUCGGACGACCAAGAGACGAGGUCAAAGUCGGCCUCGUCACGAGCUCAGCGAGCUCGUGAAAAACUACUCAAGUUGUCAGCAGCCCAGUUUAAGGAAUUGAGCACUGAUGUCUAUGAUGAAUUGAAAAGAAGAAUAGAUGAAAGUCGGGGAGAACCCGACUACUUGUUGCCCAAGUCGAACUUCCAUCCAAAGAGAAACCAAGCAAGGCAGAAACUAGCCUCCUUGCCCCAGACGCGUUUCAAGGACUUGGUGGCGGACAUUUCUUACGAAAUCGAAAGACGUGAUCUACAUCUUGACCGUCGUCACCAAUCGGCCGCAUUUAGCCACCACAGCCAGAACAGCCACCACCCUUCGGUUUCAUCGGGUCAAAAUGGCAGUCAUAGCCACAUUCAUCAACACCUCCAACAGGGUCAUGAAAGGACUGCUUCGUUGGCAUCGUCACAUCCGACUUCCAUGGACCAGAACGGCCGCCAUAGCCGUCUGGGCUCUCGUCAAAUGAACCACUACAACCCUGAAGAGAGUAAACAAGAGUUGAGGAAAGGCAGCGCUGCUGACGACAACACUAUCGUCAAGAGUCCCGAGAAAAAUGGGUUCCCCAUGGUUCCUGAAGAAAUCAAUACGCCAAACUUUCUUGAAGAAAACAAGAGGCCAAAAUUCCCCGAAGAAAAAUCCACCUCUAGCAAGAAUAUCACUUUGCCUAAUGCAGAAGCCUCGAAUCAGUCAAUAGGAGUGCAAACGUCUACCGUUGUACCUAUAAAGGCAAAUCUUACAUGGUCUAGUGAUGAAGAGGAGCAAGGAGAGGAAGAAGAAGAGGAAAACAAAGAAAAAGAAGAAGAAGAAGCUGUGAAGGGGGUGAAUGAAGCUGACAUUGAUGACGUUGAUGAAAAUAAUCCAAGGUUGAAGGAAUUGAAUGGCAGAAAUUUUGAAAAUCAAAAUGGAGGCAAUCAUUUCUUGGCUGAUGAUGCAAAACUGCAAGAAUUAAAGGAAUUGCAAUCGCAAGUGGAGCAUUACAAAACCGAGAUGAGCUCGUUGGCUUUGGCAAAUGAGGCGUUAUCCGACAAACUUCGAUCCUUGGAGGAAGACUAUGCUACUUCUAUCAAUCAAAGUAAAUCGUUGAGUGAAGAGUUGGAGCUCUUGGGUGAGGAAAAGGCACGUUGGAUCACCAAGCACGAUGCCUUGGCAAAAUCGGUGAGCGAAAGUGACAAGGCGCUCGAAGAACUUGAAAAAAUCAAAUCGGCAAAUGCAGUCUUGAGACUUGAAAACCAAUCUUUGAAAAGUAACACCGCUCCUAAUCGCUCGGUGGAUGUUUCUCCAAGUCGGUCAACACCAGCGCGUAGGCUACCAGGCGAAGCCACAAUUGCAGACUUUUUCGAUAAACUCAAUAAUAUGAAACCUCCACCACCACAGCAAACGCUGUCUAGCGCAGAGUUGAAGAACCAAAUCAAACUCUGGCAAAGGAGAUACGAAGAUGCGAGAUCAAAGACCAUCGCCAAUGACAUUAAAAAGUCCACCUUGUCGAAAAUAGAGCUCAAGCCAUUUGUUUCAGCGCAAGGAAUGAUUUCCAUCAAGUUGGUGAGCGACGUCCAAGCUCUCCUGGAAUCAUUCUUGAUGUACCUUUCUCAGGAAAAUAAUGACCCAGAUAUCAUGUUUGCCAAAGUCUCCAAGAUUGCAACUGCAGUCAAUGAAAUCGCCGCUCAGGGCGAUGCUGAUCGCGCCAAUAGCAACGAGCACUCGGUUCUUCUUCGGGAAUCUGCAGCAUACUUGCUCACUGCCACUAGAUACCGUGCCACUUAUAAGCAGUUGUUCCCCAGGUUUGUGGUUGAAAAGGCCCUUGGAGAAUUAACUUGCGUGCUUUGCGAACUCAUUGCCGCUUGCAAAUUAAAUGAACACUCUACCAAUUUGAGGAAACUCGAAGUGGAAAAGAAAGUUGAGCGGAAAUCCAUAAGCGAAAAUUUCGGCGCAAGACCAUUGCGUAUGGCCAAUAAGUUGAAGGAAGCUCAAAGUAAAUCGGAAGGGCAAGGUCAAAGUCAAGGUCAAAGUCAAGGUCAAGGUCAAAGUCAAGGUCAAGGUCAAAGUCAAGGUCAAAGUCAAGGGCGGGCCACUCAGCAAAAGAAUCCAAACGUGAGUAGCAAGCCUGGAGAUGGAUCCGAGGCUGCUUUUCUGGAAACAAAAAGACAGCAUAUGAAUGAUGAAAGAGCCCCGAACGUGAGCCACGAAUCGAGCACCAGUAACAGAAAGUCGCUCGAUUCUGCUGCCGUGGCACACGCGACAGAAGCUCAAACGCCGCUUACACAUUCUCAUGUUUCAAAAACUGACAACGACCUUGAAGCCAAGAUAAGAACUAGUCCCGAGAAAUCAGAAGCAAGCCCCUUCAUUGACAGUGCAACAGAGACUCCGUCCAGGUUUAAAAUACCCAAUGUCUUUACAGCAUUACGGGACCGGAAUCUAGACCAGAAAAAAUCAGACGAGCGGCAACGAGACAGAGACCCGCAUGAGCCAGUAACUGCAAACGGCUCCACUUUACCACGACAACACACAAACGAAGCUAGAUUAAGAAACGAGACACCAUUGCAUGAAAUCACCACCAAUAGCAAUUCUGCGAUGAGGGACCGCUCGUCUCAAAAAUUGACCGAGCACAAGCCGGGCGAAGGAAACCAUCAAGAACUUCAAGUGCCUGAUGAGUCGCUGGUUCGAGUAUCGGGCCAAGUACCAAACGUGGUAGUGACAAACGAAGACGACUCUUUGCAUGACGCUGCCAACUCAAGUACCUCGCCAGGUGGGAGGGGAAUCCCGCAAGUUAAUGUCUCUGCCAUUGGCCGCAAGUUUGAACCGUCUCCAGAGUCGACCAACACCAAAACGCUGCCAUCAACCAAGCCGCUUCCGUUAAAGAACGGCAAUAUUCUAGACAGGGUUAGGAAAUAUGAAUCCCCUGAAGCCUUGGAAAAGACAACAUCAUCAACUCCAUUAACAACAUCAACAGCAACCACGCAAGCCGCCUCAAAAACAUCGCCUUCUUCUCUGAAAGCGAAUGUUGAUGGCAAAGCAUUACAGUCGUCGCCUGUGGUGGCUGACAAUUUAACUUCUCAUGCGCCAACAAGCCACUCGCAGAAAGACCAAGAGCCUGCGUCUGAAGCUCCGCAAGCACGAGGUAUUUUUCAAUCCCUCCGGAGCAGGUGGGCAGCGGAAGCGAAUGAUGCACCCAAUGCAGGCGAGAAGGAAAUCUCACCUUCUCUGAAAGCUGAAAGCCACCCCAAGAUUGAAGCCAACACACUGAGAAGUGUAGCUUCAACCAGCAGCCCUCCCCGCGAGAACAACACUAGAAAGUUAGAACCGCAGCAAAACGCGGGUGCAAAUGUUGACACUGGGGUGAAGUCAGAGAUCGCGCACCGUGUAGUUAUGACUGAACCGAUGGCAUCACAUUCACAAGAGCACAACCAGAGUAAGCACCAACAUGAUAGAACCAAAGCAAAAGAAGAAGACGGGGAGGAGGGAAACGAGGAUGGGCAACAGUUUGAAAGGAAAGAGGAAGUCGACGACAACGACGAUGACAACGAAGAAGAAGAGGAAGAAGAAGAAGAAGAAGAAGAAGAAGAAUUUGAGGGAGAGAGAAGUGAAGCAAGGCAGAGACAAGAGUAUCGGAAGUCCAUGGCAGCACAAACCUUCAACGUGGAUUUGUUUGACAUCGAUGAUCCCGACAACACUUUGACUCAGGUGCUACUUUAUUUAGAACACCAAACUGUUGAAGUGAUAAACACGAUCCAGUCUUUACUAGGCACAAUCAAGAAACCAAAUGCCACCAGAGGCGACUUGCGUGAGAAAUCCAAAGCCAUCACCAUCGUCAUUUCUCAAAUGACGGAGGCAACAAACACCUCGAUGAAUCAGACUCGUAAUGCGCAGUUGAGGGAACACGGUAGUUGGGUCGUGAGGUCGCUAGAAGAUUGCUACAGAAGAAUGAAUGCCUUGUGCAGGCCUGGAGAAAGAGCCGACACUGAAUUUGCUGAUAAGAAUUUCAAGCAGAGGCUAGCUGGGAUUUCAUUUGAUAUUGCUAAAUGUACAAAAGAAUUGGUCAAAACGGUUGAAGAGGCUAGUAUAAAAGAGGAUAUCGCUUAUCUUGAUGCCAAACUACUCAGGCACGAAGAUGACUUGACUUAA